AUGAAAGUUGAGUCAAUACUACCGACCCACACACUGACCUUUGCACAAGCAGACACACAGUGGCACUGCUUACAAGUGAGCAAUGCACAGGCAAUGCAUCGCUUCACUGUUGUCAGCUUUACCAAGUAUAACAGCCUAUCUAAAUAUGGCUUGUGGCCAUUGUUGUACUCAGAAGUUAAUGCAAAGACACAGCAUAAGCAAUGGCUGGUGAAGGACUGGAAAUUAAUCAAGCAUUAGAAAAACAAUGGGAGGCAAAGCGGACAUCAUUAUUUCUCACUUUGGAUGUUCCAGUUUCCUCAUGACCAAGACACCUGCUACUUUGCCCACUAUUAUCCUUACCCCUACUCCAAUCUGUAGGAGUAUCUGGGGGCCAUCUCUAAAGAUCCAGUGAAGUCCAAGUUCUUCAAGAUUCACAUCUUAUGCCAUUCACUGGCAGGAAACACCAUCAUCAUCAUCACCACCACCACCAUCCCCCUCCAAAAGGCAAGGAAGGCUGUGAUACUGACAGUGAGGGUGCAUCCAGGAGAAAUGAGUUCCUGGAUAAUGAAGAGCUUCAUGGAUUUCAUUCUUGGAAGCAAAGCUCAACUCCUGUGGGACAAUUUUAUCUUCAAAGUGGUACAAAUGUUGAAUCCAGAUGGUGUGAUUGUGGGAAAUCACCACUUUUUAACAGGCCAUGACUUGAAUUGCAAAUAUAGAUCUGUUGUAGAAGAAUGUUACCCUUCCAUCUGCUGUACCCAAAACAUGAUAAACACACAUGUGAAAGAUUUGGAGUGCAUAGGACAGCAUUUCCAUAAUGCUCUCAUAAACUACUGUGUAAACAACAAGCAGGAACACAAGAAGGUAGUGAAACAGCAAGCCAGGGUGAACUCCAAGGUCCUAAAUUUUGAUGUGUUAGACUGGAUUACCAACUCUGAGAGUCCCACCCCCAAUGCUAAAGGCAUUUAUGAAAAGUCAUCUGUGCAACAGGAGGCAGGAAGUGUGUGCCAUGAUAUGAUCCUGUCCAAAAGAAAAAAUUUUCAUUCAUCCAGCUUUAAUCUGUUCUCCAGAAGAUGAGGAAAAAAUGGUUAAAAUGUCUUCAAGACUGCAGAGAAGACUUUCAAUAUCACAAAGAGCAACUCAAAAAAGGAAGAAAGAAAAAUGAAGGAGAGGUUUCCCUCAAGAAACACAAGACCCAAGAAAACCAGAACAGCAAGCAAAGAUGUAAAUUUUGGAAAGAGAAAAUCUUGCCAGUCACAAGGCACACUGCAAUUCUCCCUUCUGCUACUGCCUGAGUCAAGGAACAGACAACAUGCCACAAAGCAUCAGGGUAUAGUUUGGAGCCCCAGUUCUUCAGCCAAUGAAGGUACAUGA